AUGGCUCUGGACACGACGCACCACUGGCAGGGCGUCCUCAACAGCGCCCUCGACGCUGUCGGCCACACCCCGCUGAUCCGUCUCGACCGCAUCGCAGAGGCCGAAGGCUUCAAGUGCAACCUCUUGGCCAAGUGCGAGUACUUCUCUGCAGGCGGCAGCGUCAAGGACCGCAUUGCAAAGCGCAUGGUCGAACAAGCCGAGAAGGAAGGCACACUCGUUCCGGGACAGAGCGUCGUGAUUGAGCCUACCAGUGGUAACACUGGUAUCGGCCUCGCCCUCGCUUGCGCCAUCAAGGGGUACCGUUGCAUCAUUACCCUGCCAGCCAAGAUGAGCCUCGAGAAGGAGGUCAUGCUGCGUGCUCUUGGCGCCGAGAUUGUCCGCACACCGACAGAGGCACCACACAACGAUCCCGAGAGCCUGAUCGGCAUCGCCGAGCGUCUGCGCGACGCGAUCCCCGGCGGCGUCAUUCUCGACCAGUACUCGAACCCUAACAAUCCCCUCGCGCACUACCACGAGACCUAUGGCGAGAUUGCGUACGCUCUCAAGUCGUCCAUGCUCCGUCGCAAGGACAUUGCCCUCCUCGUGGCCGGCGCGGGCACUGGUGGUACCAUCACAGGCCUCGCGCGCGCCGUCCGUGACGCAGAGAAGGACAGCGACCACCGGGCCAUUGUUGUCGCCUGCGACCCCGUCGGGUCCAUCCUCGGCGGUGGCCUGCCUGGCAUGUACCAGGUGGAGGGAAUUGGCUAUGACUUCUUCCCCAAGGUGCUUGACAUGGAGCCCUCGCUCAUUGACAAGUGGCUCAAGACGGACGACACCGAGUCUUUCGCAGCCGCCAAGCGCCUUAUCCGCAUCGAGGGCCUCAUGGUCGGCGGAUCGUCUGGAACGGCACUCGCUGGAGCCGUGCGGUUCCUGCACAGCGACGAGGGCCGCAAGAUCGCAGAGGACCCCACCGCCAAUGUCGUCGUGGUCCUGCCUGACGGAUCGAGAAACUACAUGUCCAAGCCAUGGUUCCUCGCCCAGCCCGCCGAGGGCCAGGAAGAGCUCGCCCUGCGCGAGACGAUCCGUAAAGUCAUCGGCCGCGACCUCGAUGACCCAUACAAGAAGAAGGUUGUAAACGGUUCUGCGCCGGUCAAUGGCCACAGCAAGGUCGACAAGGUCGACGCCGCACCGGCCAUUGUGGCCAAGUAG